AUGUUAUAUAUUUUAUUUAUGUAUUUCGAUUCUUUAAAUGUCACGUAUCAUUAUGUAAAAUUGCAGAUAGAAUUCUGAGUUCCAACGUGAAUUUAAAAUCGAGUUCUAUUUGUGUAAAAUACCACCUCCCCCCCUCCUACACAUACACAUAUCUCGCUCGCUCGAGCAAUUAGAUCAAAUUUACUCAUAAUUAUGACUAGUUAUAUAAACAUUACAUAAUUAUAUGUACCAUUUCCUGUUUGCCAUUCCUUCCUAUAUUCACUAUUUCUAUAUAUAUUAAUUAUUAACAUAUAUUAAAUGAUUCAUAUAAUCAUGAAUCAUUUAAUAUGUAUUUUAUCUUCAUCAAAUCGUUCAAUUAAACACGAAGCGAGGAAACCGGCCGGAAAGCCGUGUUCUUGCACAUCAUGCGGAAAAUAUAUGUAUACGUAGGCGCGGAUCUCAAAGGAUCGUUGUAUAAUCCCCGACUCCAACGCUUUUUUUUUAAUGCAUAAACAAAGGAAAUGCGCGCCCGAGCCGCACGCCUCUUAUUUAAUGUCAGUCCUCGAUUUUCCUCGCUCGACCGAGAAGCUUCACUGCGCAUCCCGCUCUGUCUGAACUGCCGGGAUAUAUAUAGCACGUGACGCGCUCCAGGAAAGAAACUGGAGCGCGGUCCCGUUUCGCGAGUCCGCACGUCGCACGAUCGGCGACAGUGUCAAGUGUCAGAGCGUCGACGCGCUGUCAAGCGCGUGAUCUUUCGCGCGCCGCGCGAGCGGGAUCGAUCGCAGCGUCGCGGGCAGCAACAACGAAUGAAAUGCGAACGGAAUCGCAUCGCGAUCAUCGUCGACCCUCGUGAGUAACGUGAGCUCGAGCUUCUGCGGGGGCGGGUAGCGGCAUUUUGAGGCGCGACACGGCCAGUCGGCGCGGACAGAUUAACCUCGUCUCUUUGCGUGGAGGGAGAAGUCGCGCGCCCUUAUCGUCCGCGCGAUGCACGCGUCAAGUCUUUCGUCAACGUCGUAGUCGCGAUGCGUGUGGCAUCCUAGUCCGUUGCUCCGUUAUGACACGGCGGGAGUUCACGUCGGGCACUACCGCGGGCAGUCGAUAGUCAUUUAGGAUGCGUGGCAGGGUCAAGGUUCGUUCUAACUGUUGAGAAUUGUUGGCAGUCGAUCGGCGAGAGGCCUCCCUCGGAGGUGGAGAACGACAAUCAAAGGAGAGAGAGAGAGACUUUAAACAUCGUUCCGACAAUCGCCAACAAAAUGUCAACAAACGAUGACUUCGAGAGGCCGUUCGAGGAUUUCGAGCCCCUGCAGUGGGACGCGCUGCGCGAGAUGUGUCGUGUCAAUGUGGAGUACUUCGAGUCCCAUCAGGACAAGAACGGCGUGCGGAUCAGGGCCGCCCUCCUGGCGAUGUUGGACUACCUGACGCAGCUGCAGCCGCUGUACCGGGAGAUCGCCAGGUUCGCGCCGUACUUCGACUUCGACGAGGAGACCCCGGGGAACGGUUACAGGAGCUUCCUGUCGUUGAUAGACAAGUGCAUCAUGUACUCCAAUAUGGUCUGCCGGCAAAUGUACCAUCAGAAAGACCAUGUGUUUUUCCGCAAGAGCUACUACAUGAAAGAAAUGGAAGCGCGCUCCCAGCUAUUGGCAUCGCUUUAUACAUUUUUACAGCAAUUGAAAACAAUAUACUCGUCUAGCACGGAUAUACUGAGCGAUGGAAAGCUUUCACUGUUCCCGCUAGAGUACAAUAGUCAAGAACUUCUCAAUAGUGCGCAGAACAUUAAUCAGUAUUGCUUUUACGGCAGGUGUUUAGGAUUUCAGUUCUGUGAUAGUUUAAGAUCUGUAUUAAAAACGCUGUCAUUCGCAAUGGCAACCUUCAGCGAAGUGUACUACAAUGGUACACUAUUAGGUCUGUGCACUAAUUCCGUUAAGUAUUUAUUCGAUCCCGAAGCAAGGGCGCGUCGUAUUGUUAAUGUAUCUCAGCACGCUGACAUUUCUUUCUGCCAGGCGUUUUGGUUUCUGAGUGAAUCCGCAAUAGUGAACAUGCUAAACACCUCGAGUUUACCAAUCAAUCAGGUAAUAUCUAUUCCGCCCGAGGAAUUAGUCUUACCCACUUUAGACGGUGGUACCAUCUCAAUUCCAAUACCAAAUAGUCACAUCGGGAAGAAGCCAAUUCACGUUAGGCUGCUAAGCUCCAAACGGCGUCUGGGAAUGGUUGGAUCUGGAGGUGUAAACGGACAAUUGUGCGGUCUCUCCGACGAGCUGAUUAUUCAUACUCACGGUGGUGGAUUCGUGUCGCAGACAUCACGAUCGCACGAAAUAUAUCUACGUAAUUGGACCGUGAAGCUCGGUGUACCAAUCUUGAGUAUAGAUUACAGUCUAGCCCCAGAGGCACCCUAUCCUCGUGCGCUCGAAGAGGUGCUGUAUGCUUACGCCUGGGCGUUGAAGCAUGCAAAUACCUUACUCGGAAGUACAGCGAAAAAAGUGAUACUUGUCGGCGAUUCUGCAGGAGGAAACUUAAACUUGGGAAUUACCUUGAAAUGUAUGCAUUUAAAUAUAAGAAAACCAGACGGUAUUUUUAUGGCGUACACACCAGUACGCAUUGAAUUUGUACCGUCGCCCUCUCGUAUGCUCUGUCUCACGGAUCCGUUAGUACCGUUUGGCUUUAUGCUACGAUGUUUGAAGGCUUACGCAGUAGGUGAUAAGAAGCCCGCAAAGGAACACGAGAGUGAAGAGGACGUCAAGUCGGAUACAGAGUCUUUUGCGGAAGUGAGCGAAAGUGACCUAGCAUUAGCCCUGAGUCCAAACGGAGACGAUGCAAAUGAUCAGAAAUUAGUGUCCCUUCCAUCCGAUUCGACGUUAAAUUCCGUCAGCUUAACGGAAGUCGAUGAACCUUUUAAUGCAACAGGUACCGAGUGUCCGAAAGUACAGGCGAAAUCUCAGGAAUAUAUCAGCAGAUUUUUAAAUAUGUACAAAAACAACUCCGGCCAUGCCUCAAUGUCGUCGCCUGUCGCGAGGAACGGCAGUUUCAGUAGAAAUGGUAACAGUUCAGGCCAAAGUAACAAAUCGUGGUCUCUGUUCGGGUGGUCCUUCGGUAGAAGAAGUAGUAAGGACAGCAGAGAGCUCAAUACGGAGAACGUCCUCUCGCCUGAGGACUUCGUUUUUGCGAUACCGAAGGAUCCCUUCCUGAGCCCUUAUCUCGCGCCGGAUAAUAUGCUGGCUAAUAUACCGCCCAUAAAGAUACUGACAGUACAUCUUGAUCCCUGUCUCGAUGACUGCAUCAUGUUUGCGAGGAAGCUUCGCUCACUUGGCAAUACAGUUACACUGGAUAUUUUGCCGGGUUUGCCACACGGAUUUCUCAAUCUUUUGCAGACUUCGAAAGAGGCGAUGGAAGGCGCAGAUGUCUGCGCCAAAAGAAUAAAAGAGUUGCUGGAGCUAUAACUCAGUCCAUUAAAAAAAAAAAAAAAUUACUAUUAAAAUAUAUUUAUGUAGAACGAGCGGGAGACGUACUUCAGUCUGUUGCAGCAAUAUCUAUUUAUACAAGCGGAUACAAUUAAGCCUAAAUAUCUGUCAUUGUUUUCUGCGGCUUAACUAUUUUGUAACAUUUCAGCAUUCAGGCUUGUAAUAGACGAUGCUUUAUACUAGUGAUUUUCUACUGUCUCAGCUGUAUUAGUUGUUGUUACAUUGAUGUCUCUUAUAUACAUUGAUGUCAUAUAUGAAUGGCAUUAUCUAAAAGAACUUAGAAUAUAGAAUGUUUCGAAUCUGAUAUUCGAUCACGUUAGCAAAAAAUGUCCUGUACAUAUACAAAAACAGAUUUUAUAUUAAUUUAUUUUAUUUUCUUAUAUGCCAUUUCUAUGGAUAUUUACGAGAUGCUAUAUUACGUUAAAUAAAUUAAAAUUUUUAUUUAAACGAUCUUUCCGCGCGCGCACGCGCACUUAUUCCUGUAAUAAUUCACUUUACAUGACAAUUUUCGAUAAGUAAAAGAACCAUGUCCAAUAUAUUGUUUCUUACAAAUAUAUUUUUCAAUGUGCAUAUCUAUAUAAUCAUUUUGAUGCCACCGUUUUCAAAAAGAUGGCUUAAACAUUGUAAAUUAUUUGUAAAUUAUUUAUAAUAAAUUUUUAAGUACAUCUGUAACAUGAGAUCGACGGACAAUAAAAACGAUAUAUAACAAGGAU